AUGUAACUUACAAUGUAUCUCUGUUAUACAAUUUAAAUAGUGUUGACAAAGUUUUCGAUGUUUCGCUCACAUCAUCUGAACUCGGAGCCCUUGAAAAAGCAGAAGUGAAGCUAUCAUUUAAGCCAGUAAUUCGAGAACUGACAUUUACGGAGUAUUUCCUGAUAGAAGAUUCUGUUGGGAAUGCUUCCAAGUUGACCGUAACUGGAAAAAGUUUUGGUCCCAAAGUAAGACUUAGUAAAAAGCGGAUAGUAUUUGAAAUUUCAAACACUGAUCCCAUGGAACGAGUUCAAAUGGUGGAUAUUAUUAACGAGUCUUCUAUAGAGGCGACAUACCAGUGGCUUCUUUCAAAUUCUGGACAGGAGCACAUUCAAAUUUGUACCGGCAACUGUGGUGUUAUCAAAGCUUAUGAACGGAUCACUGCAAUGAUUAAUUUGAAAUCUACACGAUGGACGCAUUUAGAUGAAUUAGUUUUCCUAGUCGUACACCAGGAGCCAAUUUUUCUACCGGUAAUAGCAACGCUCUUGCAUGAGAAACCUUACCUUACCAACCUGAGAGAGAAGCAUAUUUUUCGGCAAUUUCAAGGACAUUCAUCUUAUUCACGUCUAAUGGAAAACAGUCUUAAAUUGCUAAAAUAUAUCCCAAAAGCUUCGGUGUAUCCGAGACAAGUAGACUUCAAGAGGGGGAGCUCCUUAGAUACCACUCUUAACAUAUCGCAGACCAUAUCUGUGACGAAUCAUCAGGCCGAGGAUGGUUUUAUGAAGUGGCUCCAAGAUCCUGAAAAUAUUUUCAUCAUUGAUCCCAUUGAACUUACUAUUCCUCCCAACGAGUCCAGACUUUUUACCAUCAGAUUCAGACCGAAAACAAAAAAUGAAGUGUACAGUUACCUUCUGCGUGGUGAUUAUCAGUCAAGAAGGCGUGAUGAGCAGGGGUACACCACAAGAAUACAGCACACCUGGUUCAGAAUACCGUGCAUAGGGAACACGCUAGAUCCCUGCACGAGACGGAAGACUAAAUGGGAUUGUCCAAUAGAGGAAAUGCUACCUCCGACUGUUCCUGUGCGGACGGCUUUUACUAAUUUUCUCCUGUCCAAUAAAUCGGAUAUACCUAUGAUGUUUAAAUUCGCGUCAUCUGACGAAACGAAUUUCGCAGUAUUCCCCACGUGCGGUGUGAUACCCAGUGGGGGUUGGCAGGUGGUGGUGGUGGCGUUGGAGCCGAAGACAGCUGGAGAGUACUACGAGAGUUGGGAACUAAUCGUCAAUGACACACAUAAGACACCCAUAUAUAUAUUUGGUACGGCGGAGACCUGUAACGUGGAUAUCGUCUCCCAAGGCUACGAUCCGGAAGUGAAUGAGCUGUUCGAGUUCCCGCCGACUAUCACCGGUUGUACCAGUAACUGCCCCGCAUACAUACAUAACCUUACGAGGAUGGAAAUGCAUAUAAGAGUUCUGAGUAACGCACCUUGGCUUGGCGGCGACAAUAACGGCUGCAUAAUGCUGGCGCCCAAGGAAAUGUUCAAAUACCGAUGGUGGUUCUUCCCGAAGCAGCACAAUAAAGUCUACAAGGCAACAGUGACUUGUUCGUGCAUCUGUUUGAUUGAUAACAAGCCAGUUGGUAAGCCUAGCGAAAUAAUCAUGCGCAUCAUGGGAUUUUCAGAGUUACCAGAUUUGAAGGCCCUACCAAAAACGUUGAAUCUUCACGACAUAGUGGUCGGAGAGCGUACGCCAGUGACCAUCAAACUGUACAACAGUACCUCAUGUCACUUCACAUUUAAGUUGGAUUACACCAUUAACGGAAUGGGGGAUGACUACAGCGGUGAUAAGUUGGAGAUCGAGUCUUGUGUUAACAGUCUGAAGCCAUCACACCACUGUGACGUAAACAUUAUAAUAACUGCGGAUGGUGCCGGGCCCAGACAAGUGGAUAUAAAGUACACGGUGCUCUAUCACACUGAACUUGAUGAUAUUGAGGAGUUGGAAGGUUCGAAGAAGACUGUUUGUACCAUUUGGUACGACGGAAUCUACCCAACCAUGAAGAUCAAACGAACAAUUUCUGUGAAGUGUCCCGUAAGUCUGAGCAAUCAUCACGUCUGGAAUAUGGUUAAUGUCGAUGAACUCAACCAGGCCCUAUCCGAAUGCCGUCCAAGAAAGCCGUUGUACGCCAAUCUGUUCGCUCCAGAUCUUUGCAAUAAUGUGGACUUUGUGCAUUUGGUGUUUGUCAUUGGAUGCGUAUACGACGUUCCUGUGUCUUGGACGUUACGCAGAGAGAAGAUAUGCGAUUGUGAUAUGGUGGAAGUGCAAACAGGGAUAUCUACUUUCGAAAUGCGACAUUUCUGCCCUCAUAGACCGUUGGUUGAUAUAUCACCACACGAUGGAAUUGUUAUGCCGGAUACCCCUCUACUUCUGGAUGUAAAAUUCAAAUAUAACGUGGAAGGAAAGAAUACACUAUGCUAUGUUCUAUCUCUACCAAACGAAAGAACUGUCAACAUAUUUUUACAUGUUGACGCAUUGUCAGGAACACAAUUAGUUUUAAGACCUCUUAGAAGAUGUUUCUCGGAGGAGAACUUCGCUAUAUUGGACUGUGGAAGAGUCCCUAUCAAUAAUCUCGAUCCAGUCAUUCGGGUUUUAUGGUUAUACAACCCGAACGAUGUGUUUGCGACGUGGCGACUGUUACAUGCGUACACGUCGGAUAACGCCAUCAAAUGCCUGCAGCUCUUCACAGAAGUAGCCGCGUACGACAGAAAAGCGAUACCAUUCAGUUUCCUGCCUUCGGAGAUGAUCGAUUAUGAGGUGACAUUUUAUUGCACGUUUGGAUAUGACACACUGAAAGUGUUGGUAAAAGGGCAGGGUGGAUUGCCCAACUGCGUUGAGACGCGACUGGAUAUUCCGUUUUAUACGGAGAAAUUGAUUCGCUCGGCUUAUAGAACUAACGUUGUCUACCUUUCUCAGGAGCAUAUAACAUUACCAAUAAUGCCAACUCAUUCUCUCAUGAGGGAAAUAAUCGCCAUCAACAACGACACAGAUCACUACUACCGAUUCAUAUGGUUUCCUGAAAGAAUCGACAGCGUGGUGAACGUAGUGAUGACUCCGUACUGGGGAGUGAUCGCGCCGGGCGAGGUAGAGUGGAUCACCAUGACUGUUUACACGCUGAGGGAACCCGCUACUUUGACCACAAUGGUAACCUGCGAAAUAUUGGACUUAACAGUACGGAAAAUUUACCACAAGAAUGAAAUGCUGCGAAAGAAAAAGACAGAGCAAUAUCUGCAAGAGUUUGUAAUAACGGAAAAGGGAAAAUUCUAUAAAGACAUUAACGACUGUCCGCCAUACGUGUCCGACUUACCGAAGCCGCGCUCAACGCACCUGGCGCUCUCCCUGUCGAUAUGCUCCCAGGGCCAGAGGGACGGCUGUCGAAGGAUGUCACUCCGGCAGAUGUGGGGGCACCCUCCUCCUUAUGACUUGUUGUCGUCCGAUUUGAACUACAGAGGAUUAAAAGUGGAAUCUCUGAACAACUUGAGCAAAGAAGACAUUAUAAAGAUUAUUGAUGAUACGUUAUGGCAAGCACUGCACAACAAAAUGUUCAGACAUCACUUAGAAUAUUAUGUGCAGGAGGAAAUACCUAGUUAUGACCACUUGGUGGAUGCUGUUGAAAAUGAUUUGCAGCUAAAAUUGAGUCGAAGAGUAACUUCUGGGGUAUGCGACGCUAUCGUCAACAAAAUUAUGUUCCAUAACUACAAUUUAAAACAGACCAAGACUUUGGGUUCUAUACUAGAAGCUGAAUAA